CUCUUUCAUUAAAACAAAUAAAGCCACCAGCACAUUACCAUUCAACGCGUUUCUGGCGAAAUAUAGGGUAACACACAAGAGCAAGUAAUUUAAGUUUUAAUUUAUCAACACACAUACUAGUGUUUGUGGCCCUUUUUUUCUUCUUGUUCUUCUUUAUUAUGGCACAAACACGUAUACCAACACCUCAGUUACUGUAUACUUUGGCCAAACAAGUCUCAAGAUACGAACUUUUGGACAUAUUACUGACAAAAACAGAACUAGAAUAUUUUAAACAAGCCUUAACUUCUUUCCAAGAAUGGCAAGCAUUUAUUCAACUCGAAAGCACUUCUCCACCAUUGUCAGAAUAUCAGCGAGCAGCCUUUCGCGUUCGAGUGAUGUUGGUCGAGCAGCUUAUUCCUCGCUUGUUCGGUUUGGGUUGUCCUGGCCUUUUGGAACGAGAACUCGUCCAGACCUCGACAGAAUCCGAAAACACUUCACCUCGACCCAAUAUUCAUUUUGAGGACAACGACAAUCACCUUUGUUUGCUCGAUGUGUAUCAUACACUUGAAUUUGAUAUGGCAGCUAUGUUAGAAUACAAAGAGCGAUUGGAUGAAAUACAAGCGCAAGAAGCAGCAACUCAAGAACAAGAAACACCACAAGAGAAAAAGCUUGCUUUGUUUCAUGACAUGGAACAAUUCGAUCUUAAAUAUCUACUCAAAGGCAUUGUAGAAAACAGAGACAAAACGGCUUUAUCAGAUCGUGAACUCAAGAGCUUAUUGUUGGACGUCAAAUCGAAAUCAAAAUGGAACGGCAAAUCAGCUCAGGAAGAUUUAUAUGAAGCAUGCGAAAAAGUGUUGACGGAGCUCAAGAACUACACUGAACAUUCAUUUCCUUUUCUCACCAAAGUCAGUAAACGAGAAGCGCCUGAUUACUUGGAUGUCAUCAAAGAACCAAUGGAUCUCGGCACAAUGACAAGAAAAUUAAAGCACUUUGAGUACAAAAGUAAAAAAGAAUUUGCCCGAGAUCUUUAUCUGAUCUAUGAAAACUGUCUUGAAUACAACACUAAUCCAGCAAGCGAGUACAGAAAACAUGCAGCUGCCAUGCGUCGAAAGACAGAUCGGCUGCUGAUACGGGUUCCUGAUAUCGAGAUCAAAGAAGAAAGACAAUUGCAGGAUGAUUUUGAUUUUGAAGAAGAUAGUGAUCAUGAUUUGACGGAGGCAUCACCUUCAGUUCGAGAACGUUCAGUCACACAUGAUUCCAUUGCAGAUGAAACCAUAGACACUACGCAUACACAUCAUAGCGGAAAAUACCCUCUCAAGACAACCACACUGAUACAAGAUACACCUUUAUCGCAUGAAGGCAUAGAUUUAGAUUAUAGAGAAUUACUUUGGUUAGAUAAAACAAAAAAGACAAGAGCCAAGAUCAACUUGGAUAUUGAACGGGAAUAUCAAUCUGACUUUAGCAAUCGACAUAUUAUCAAGCCAUCGCCAUUUGAUAUAGAGCGAUUUGCCAUCAUGGAACAUUUGUACCAACAACCUCACCAUGUUCAGAAAUUAGCGCGGUGUAGUCCAAUUGCUUUUUUAAAGUGGAUGAGUCGAAAUGAGGAUAUUCGGUUGACAUCAGACGAAUAUAACGAUGCAUUGUUAUCUGAUCUGGACUCGGAUGACGAACAAGGCAGCUUUUUUUCAAAACGGUCUGAUAAGCCCAAGUUAUCAGAUCAAGAUAGAGAUGAUUUGUUCUUACCAGAAUAUUUGCCAGUAUUUGGACUGCCUGAUAUUGAAGGUUUACCAAGUGAUUAUGAUUCAGAUGAAGAAAGUGAGGCAUUAAAAAGACCCACUUUUGAUUCAUUGCCAACCACACAAUCUCCUCAACAUGGUCUAAGUAGUUUGAUCCAUAGAAACAUAGACACUUUAUCCAAAAUACGUACAACACAUAGUAAAUGUAAAUUGAUUUUAAACGAUACACUGCCUGAUCCAUCACCAAGUGAUGAUGAUAGUGAUAAUGAAUCCCUUUCUUCACCUAUAGAUACACCUAUACCAUUUCCAACAACACCAUCGCUACCACACAUUGAAUUGAAUCAAAAAGCCGUUCAUUGUUUAUUACAGCGUACGAUUGUGAGUUUGCUUUCUCAUGCUGGAUUUGAAGGAGUGCAGGGCAGACCUUUAAAUAUCUUAACAGAGCUUAUGUCCAAUCAUUUGUUUGACAUGUUCAAAAUACUACGUCAUUAUUGGGAUGAUCACAACAAGACAAUGACGGGGGAAGAAAUAGUAGCGCAUGCAUUAAGAGAAGGUGGCGUGAAUCAACUAGAUGAUCUUGAUGGUUAUGUAUCGGGCAUACAGUCUUAUGGACAAGGACUUGAUAAUUUACAACAAAAAUUAGAACAAACCUAUGAACAUUUAGUGAAUGAUGAAGACCAAACGGAUGCUAGUCUGUUGGAAGAAGACGAAGCAUUUGUCACUGGUUUAUUUGGACAAGAUGUGAUUGAAGAUUAUUUUGGCUUCAAUGAAAUUGGCCUCAAUCUCUCGCAACAGAUACCCGCAAAACUUUGGUUUGGGAAUGAUGUCUCUAAGAUCAAUCGAUUUGCUUCUACUAAAAAACAAAAAGGUAAAGCAGCGUUUAUUAUCAUUUAUUUGACAUUCUGUAGAAAUCAAAUAUCCACCUCCUCCUAGUUUCAUACCCGUUACAAAUCAGACGCAAUGGAUUGGUCUUUUACAGCCUUGGUAUCAAAAGAAUCCUGACCGAAUAGAAGGUGAAUACAGCGAUCGAAAGAAACGUUCACGCUAUCCUCCUGUUCAUCUUCGAUCUGCUAUAGAGUCUACAAAGCGAGUAUCAAAAGACGAAGAAAAGAAACGAAAGAGAAAAGAGAAAACUCUCAAGAAACGCAUAAGAAACAAACAAGUUUAGACUAUUUCACUGUACAUACAUGCAUAUAAAAAAUAUAUUAUAUCAAU